AUGGGCUCCAACAAGUUCUCUUUCAAGCCACUGACGCUUGCGCCCAUCAACUUCUCUCUGACCGAGGGCACUUCGAUCCCUGCGCCGCUCGACAGCCCGCCCGACUCACCUCGUCCUCCCACGCCAGGCAAAGGUCCGCUGUCGUCGCACCCCACCCCAAAGUCGCCCGGCUCGCCGCCGCAAACAGAGUCGCCGCCCCCAGGCAAAGCGUCCGAGGACUCGACGGCCAGCCCACAAUUGCAGCAGACCCGCACUAGCGAUGCGACCAGCACCAUGUCACCCACGAGCCCUUCGAACAAGCGGCCUGCAUCCGUUCGCAAGUUCCUCGGCAUUCGCACGCUAUCGUCAAACGACAGUUUGAAGUCGGAGAGGCCAGGCUCGCCAGCCACAAUAAACAGCCAGGCACCGAGUCUGAACAGGCGGAAGAGCGGCAGCUGGUUCGGCAAGAGAAAGACAUUCGCCGUCGGGUCAGUGCCAGAAGGACACGCCGACCCGACAACCUACUCGAAUGGCCGCACCGUGUCUCAGCCCUCCGUACCCGCCGCGCAGGCACCUAAGCCGAAGGGUCCGCCGCCCCCAGCUCUGCCCGGCCUCAGCUCCUUUGGUGUCAACGAAGACACGCUGAGUCUUGGUGCCGACGACAUGUUCAAAAACAUCGGAAAGGCCGACGUGCCAAAGUCGACAAGGUGGUAG